AUGGGAAGUGGUCCAGUUGUUGAUCUGUUACCAGUAUCAUUAUCUGGAGGAACUGCUGUUCUUUUUACUUAUCCACUUGAUUUAGUUAGAACUAAAUUGGCUUACCAGUUAAAAUUGUGCAGAAGCAUUUCUUAUGUUACAGUUGCUGCUCAUGCAGAUCACACAAGCAGGAGGAAAUUAGCACUUUUCCAGGUUCCUUUGUUACUAGGCAUUGGGGAAGAAGAUACAGUCCUGACUAAGGCAACUGAAAGUGGCGAUAUUGAUCUUGUUUAUCUUGUUCUCUUUCAUAUAUGGCAGAAGAGACCAGCAUUGGAAUUAUUUGGAAUGAUACAAGCUAGACCUAUUGCGCAUGAUCUAUUCAUACGAGACUCAAGGUAUCAUAUUUUGGCAUGGCUAGAAGCUUUAGAGGAAACGAGAAUCAAGCAAAAGUAA